CAUGAGGUCAUGAUUCUCAAACCUAGUAAAAGACUAAAAGUAGUAAUUAACAUGUGAAUAUUAGUGAAUUUUGAGGAGGAAUAAGAAUACAUUUUGUGAUUUUUGUGAGACGUGUAAAACCGUAACAAUGCACUGCGGAAGUUUACAAUGGUAUUCAACAUCUUACAACACUCUAACACUAGGAAUAUCCCCUAAUCACAAAAUUUCAAAUUACCAAACCAGAAAUCAAGGAAUUAAAAUCUUCAAUUUCUCAGUAAUUAAAUCAACUCAAUUGCCAUCAUCUGCAAAAUCCAUUACAAGCACUUCAAACCCAUUUGUUAAGCACUGUGUAAAGCUACGCCAAAGUUCUUCUUAUCGUCACUCUCAUGCUUCAGUUAUUGUUGUUGGCUCUACACUUAUCAGGGAAAUACAUGAGUUUUAUAAGCUGAACCAAGAGCUACGAAGUCCAAUAGAAUGUCUAUUUUUGCUCGAUAAAGCCGAGAUUCCAGAAGAGCUAUGUGAUAUUCCAGGAGAAAGAGUGUAUGUGAGUUCUUUGGUAAUGAAAAAGCUUGCUGGGGUUCAAUCAACUGAGUCCAUUGAAGUUAUAGCUCUCAUGACGAUGCCUAAAUCUUUCGUGAACUUGAGUGGUAACCAUCAAGAGAUGGAUUGUAUGAAAUGGUUUCAUUGCAGCAGUGCUCAUCGUAUUCUUGUUCUUGAAGGGAUCCAGGACCCUGGAAACCUUGGUACAUUGCUUAGAUCAGCUCUGGCAUUCAAAUGGAAAGGUGUUUUUCUGCUUCCGGGAUGCUGUGAUCCUUUCAAUGAGAAGGCUCUCAGGGCAAGCAGAGGUGCUCCGUUUCAGCUUCCCCUAGUUUCAGGACACUGGACACAUCUUGAAACUUUUAGCAAUGCUGUGCAAGCAACAAUACUUGCAGGACAUCCUGACAGUACUGAACAACUCAAGCUUGUUCAUAAGCUAUCUCAAGAGCUCGCACUUUCAUUAGCCGAUAAACCACUAUGUUUAGUUCUAGGCAGUGAAGGUAGCGGUCUUACAGAGAAGGCAAGGCGGUACUGUGAACUGGUAAGCAUUCCCAUGGCUGAUCAUUUUGAGUCUCUUAAUGUCGCGGUGGCUGGUGGAAUAUUUAUGUUUAUGCUUCAAUCUAAAUCAGAAAACCUACACACAUGAAUUGAUCUCAUAUAACUUUAUUUUUCUCUUUAUUUUGCAAUGUCAUAGAAUUUUUUGAUGCUUGUGUUAUAGGAAAUUCAUAUUAUGCAAUGGCAGGAAAAUUUUUUUAAGUUGUAAAAAUAGUUUUAAGCCGUUUCAAGUGGUUUUCAUGCUUUAGGCCGAAA